GUCGACAGAAUCCUGAUGGCUGAUACCAUCGCCAUGAUCUGGUGUCGUUAAAUCGCCACUCAUCUACACCAACCUAGAUCGAAAUUAUCACUAUGCUGUCCACACACCCUGCGACCGGUCUGCGCAAGCUUGCUACACAACUUCUCAAUGCCAUCUUCCUUUUGACUACAGCAUUUAUGUUAUUAAAAAGCUUUGGGGUCAUUGCAAAUUGCUCUUCGCCCAUCGUAGUAGUACUGUCUGAGUCUAUGAAGCCAGCUAUGCUCAGAGGGGAUCUCAUAGUACUCUGGAAUCGAGGAUCGGGCAUAAACAUAGGUGAUAUAGUGGUUUACCACGUCGAAGGGAGAGACAUACCAAUUGUGCACCGGGUUAUCAGACGAUUUGGAGGAGGAGCAGACCCUUUGCGAUUCUUAACGAAUGGCGACAACAAUAUUGCGGACGAUACUGAAUUAUAUGCACCUGGGCAAGAGUUUCUGAGCCGUGGGGAUGUGGCAGGCUCCGUGAUAGGUUGCAUACCUUAUGUGGGGUAUAUCACGAUUGCGUUUAACGAUUUUCCAUGGCUCAAGACUCUGAUGGUCGGUCUGGUGGGUCUUUCGGCUCUCAUACAGCGUGGUUGAGGAUCCAUUCGGAUUAUUCGAAGCACAACUCGGCCUCCAACGAUCUACCCACAACCAUGAAUAGCUAGCUGAAAUUUAU